AUGUCCUCCCUCGAACUGACUACGCCACGCCCCUCCCGUACUCCCUCUCGCACGGCCGUUCUCGAAUCCGAGCGCGUGCUCGCCGCCAUCGAGGUCCGCCUGCGCACCACCGCAGCCCCCGUCGCCCCGCACAACCCCUCGCUCGAGGCCCUGGGCGACGCCUACACAGCCCGUCUCGCCGGCCAUGCCCUGGACAACCUCGACCGCGCAAUCAUCUCCUACCGCCUCGCCGAACGUCGUCUCCGCCAUGUGCCCGACGCAACUCUGCCCCGCGCUCGCCUCCUGUCUAAGCUAGGCAAGGCUUGGUACAGUCGUCUAGUGCUUGCACAACAGGGGGCCGUCCCGGGUACUCGAGCCGUCCCUGUCCACGCACGAGGGCACUUGAAUACUGCCUUUGAGGCGCUUGAUGAGGCUGUCAACUUGUUUAAGGAGCGAGACGUCACCGACGCUGCCUACAUCGAUGCUUUGCGUGUGAAAGGCUUGGUUUCUGGUGCCUUGUGUCAGUUGCUUAGUGAUGACGCAGGGGACACCAAUGACACGAAAGAGAAAUUGCCCAAGAAGGUGUCCCCGCAUCGCUACGCGAACGAGUGCAUUGCUUCACUCGAGCCCGUCCUACAAAUCCCGCACGACAAUGCCACUUCCGACCCCGCCAAACUGCGGCGCUUAGAAACUAUCACUGGAGUUGACCGAGCCGAGGCCGUCAUCUGUCUCGCCCGAGCUUAUGUCCAUGUGGACAGCGGGCGCCAGCAGAUUGGUAAGGCCGUCGGCUUGCUGGCGAGUGUCAGUGGCAUACUGAAGGACGUUGAGGCCGAAGGGAAAGAUGGAGACGCCCUCCAAAAUAUGACCAGGGAAGCAGAGGCUCAGAUCGUCGCCCUGUCGGGCAGUGUCAAGGUCGUUGAGAGCAGAUGUCUUGUUUGCUAACACUGCCUUACGGGACUCUUGUGUAUAGAAUUGUAAACCACCCCUAAUACCUCGUU